GGUAUAAUGAUAGUGAUCACGGCCAUCGGCAACAUGCUAGUUUGCCUGUCCGUCUGCCUGGUACGCAAGCUUCGUCGAGCUCCUAACUUCCUCCUGGUGUCCUUAGCCGUAUCCGAUCUGUGUGUGGCACUUCUUGUCAUGCCGUUAGCCCUGCACUACGAGCUUGCUGGUGACUGGAGAUUAGGAGCAACCAUCUGUGACAUGUGGGUGGCCUUCGAUAUCACAUGUUGCACAGCAUCCAUUCUCAAUUUAUGUAUGAUCUCUGUGGACCGCUAUUUAGCCAUCACGAAACCUUUAACUUACGGAGUCAGGCGACGAUCCAGACGAACUUACGUAAGCAUUGGACUUACAUGGGUAAUGUCAGCUCUUGUUAGUGUUCCUCCUUUACUUAUUCUUGGCAAUGAGCAUGGCACGGACAGCAAUCCCACUUGCGAUGUGAGUCAAAACUUUGGCUAUCAACUGUAUGCAACUUUGAGUUCUUUCUAUAUCCCUAUGUUAGUAAUGGUAAUGAUGUAUUGCAAGAUAUAUCUUGCAGCCAAAAGAGUCGUUGAAUCAGAUAAAAAAGGUCGCUUGGCGGCACAAAGAUGUAUUCCCAGUGCUUCAGAAAGCAAUCCCGGACCUUAUUCAGCUAUUUGGGAAUCAAAGAGCGAAAGAUUGAAUACAUUUGUACAACUCAAAGCAUCUGAGGUGAACAAUCAUAGAAGGCAUUCUUCUAUGGAUGCAAGUGAUGCAAACGCGACAAAAAUGUGUACUCUGGAAGCCUACAGAGUAGGUGAUCGCGCGGUAACGACGGUAUGCAGACCCAAAAUUUCCGCAAUCGUAAAAGAUAGAAAAGCAUCCAUCACUUUGGGCAUCAUAAUGACAGCGUUUGUUGUCUGUUGGCUUCCGUUCUUCGUAGUGGCAUUACUACGGUCUCUGUUCACAAAUCUGUGGGUGCCACAUGGAGUGCGAAGUUGUGUUUUAUGGCUAGGGUACGCGAACUCGAUGCUCAAUCCGAUAAUUUAUGUUACUUUUCAUCAAGAUUUCCGAAGAUCAUUCAAAGAGAUGCUUUGCUUCAGGUGCCAUCUGGUAAACGAAACUUUCCGAGAAGAAGCAUACCGGGACCAGUACGGGGACACCCCUAUGUAUUCUGGACCAGCCCUAAACAAGUGGCAGUCAAAUAGCGGCAAAUCGUACACAGCUUCCGAACCCCGUCCCUCUAUAUGUGGUACAACCCGUCGCCUUGAUUGUUGUGGUGUUAACAAUAAGCACAUGCAGAGCACAUUCAUGUAAAAAUUCACGAAAAACUGUACAUGUUAAUCUUCAACAAAUAUCAUAUGUAUGAAAGUAAGGAGAGAUUUCGAGGUUAUUUAAGUCACAAAAUGAAACUUUUCAUGUCGUAAAAUGCUGUAAUUUAUAAUGUGGAAUAUUUCAUACUGUCGAACCAAUUCUCGAUAAGAUGAAGUAUAAACGUAUGUUUUGAAGAUAUUUUUAAAUUAAUUGUACUUUUUAUAAGAAAAUAAACUUAUACACCUUUUCCCCCCUAAGAUAGAAGCAUUUUUUAAUAGAUUAGUACACAUUUCUGCUGUAAUAACUCAUCAACCAAAAACAUAUUUUCAC